AUGGCUCCGAGCACUUGGGCAUCUGCGGCCGCCUUGGCUGCGUGCGCGGCCCCUGCCAUGGCUUUCGUGCCAGCCGGCCAAAGCCUCAGGGGCAACGCGCCGGCCUCGGCCUCUGCCUCGGCCUCGUCGGUGGCUCCUUCGGCCUCGGCAUCAGCGUCGUCCGGCUCCUGGGCCACCGCCGGCUUGGCAACCGCUGCGGUUGUCGCUGGCGCCACAGCCUUCCGCGCCCGCCCAGCGCCGCGCCGUGUGGAGCGCAACGUGGUCGGUGUGUGCAUGCCGCUCACGGAAAAGUUUGACCCCCUGAACUUGGGCGACACCGACGCGAAGAUGGAGCGAUACACGGCUGUGGAGAUCAAGCACGGCAGAGUCUCCAUGAUCGCAGUUGUUGGCUACAUUAUGCCAGAAAUCUUCCGCUUUCCCGGCUGCGAGGACUUCAAGCACGGGCUUGGAGCAUUUGAAAGCAUCCCUUUAGAAGGCUGGAUCCAGCUCUUUGCCUUGGUCGGUGCCCACGAGGUGCUUGUGAAGCCUCGCGAGGGUGGUUUGGGCAGCUUCGACUUUGGCAACGGCACGGAGCUCCUUGACGGCAUUGACGACGAGGAGCUGGAGCGCAGGUUGACCUCCGAGCGCAACAACGGCCGCCUGGCCAUGGUCGCCAUCAUGGGCCUCAUGUGGCAGGAUGGGACCUUCGGCGAAGCUCCUCUGAGCUACAUGAACAAGAACGGCUUUUGGGGUGAGCCUGUGCAGUUCAUUGUUCAAAACAUUGGCCUCUGCAGGCAGCCAAACCUCUGCGCUCUUCCUAGCGGUCGCACUGGUCGCACCACGAUGCAUGCCAUCCAGAAGCUGGCUGAGGGCGACUACGUUGAGCUGGAGACCUACCCCAAGGAGAUGGAGAUGUCUCCCUCCGUGCCCUUUUUGAGGUAUCCUCAGGUCCUCAAAGGCUGGGUCGGUGAGGAGAAGGGCUUCGAUCCGCUCGGUGUGACCGACGCGCUGCCCGUCUACUGGGUGCGCGAGGCUGAACUGAAGCAUGGACGCAUUUGCAUGCUCGCGACGGUUGGAUGGAUUGCGACAGACUUGGGCUUCCGAUUCCCCGGUGAGAAGUUCCAGGCCGUGGCAAACAGCGUCGAGGCCCAUGACAAGAUGGUCGAAGCCGGCUACAUGCUGCCCUUCUUGGGUGCGGUUGGUGUCUUCGAAUUGUUCUCGCUGUGGCUGUUCUUCCAGUCCUGGCCGCUCGGAGAGGGCAUCAACCGUGACGCAGGGGACUACUGGCUCGGCAAGCAGUUCCUGCCCAAGGAUCCUGCGAAGGAGAAGGACAUGCGCCUGAAGGAGUUGGAGAAUGGACGCCUUGCCAUGUUCGCCUUUAGCGGCAUCGUGACCCAAGCGGUCGCUACCGGCAAGCCCUGGCCCUUCUUUUGA